GGCCGGGCCGCCUGCGCCGCUCCCGCCAGAUCCGCUGCGACUGCUUCCCCCGCCGGGAGCCGGAGGCUGAGCCGCUCCCCGCGCCGAGUGGCGGUGCUGCUGCCCCCGCCGCCGGAAUAGGCGCUCCGGCCCCGCCGCCGCUGCCCGGCGGAGCCAGCAGGGAAGGGGCUGAGCAGGGGAUCCGCGCAUUGUGCGAGCCCGCAUGGGCACGGCACGGGGGCGCGGCCGCGGGGCUCCUGCGAGCCUCUCGCUCGGUCCCCGGCAUCGCCCGUAGGCGGGGGGCGCUGCGCUCGGGCGUGAGGGAUGCUUUUGUGCGCGGCCGCGGGCGCAGCAGCGGGUAGCGGCGGCUCCGGCGGGGCCGGGGCUGCGGUGGCGGGGCAGGUCGGGCGCCGCGCUCAGCCGCAGCUCUCCCGGCGAGAGCGGCCGGGCGCGAUGCUCUUUUAGGCGGCUCCAGCCCUUGCGAGCGCGGCGGGCAGGCGUAGCAGCCCGUAGCGGAGCUGGGAGGGCGGGCAGGCGGCUCCCCAUGGCGAGCAGCCGGAGCAUCGAGCUGGAGCACUUCGAGGAGCGGGACAAGCGGCAGCAGCGCUCCGGGCCGCGGCGCGGAGGCUCCGGGUCCGGCGGCGGCGCGGGGCCGCGGGGCAAUGGGCUGGUGCCCAGCCCGGCGCACAGCGCGCACUGCAGCCUCUACCGCACCCGCACCCUGCAGGCGCUCAGCUCCGAGAAGAAGGCUCGCAAAGCCCGCUUCUACCGCAACGGGGACAGGUACUUCAAGGGCUUGGUGUACGCCAUCUCCCCCGACCGCUUCCGCUCCUUCGACGCCCUCCUGGUGGAGCUCACCCGGUCCCUAUCGGACAACGUGAACCUGCCCCAGGGGGUCCGCACCAUCUACACCAUCGAUGGCAGCAAGAAGCUUACCAGCCUGGACGAGCUGGUGGAAGGUGAGAGCUAUGUGUGUGCAUCCAAUGAGCCAUAUCGCAAGGUUGAUUACACCAAGAAUGUCAACCCAAACUGGUGCGUGAACAUAAGGACUGGCUCCAGUCGGUCCUUGACGUCCUUGACAUCCACGAGGAGCGAAGUGAAGGAGAGUAAAGAUUUCAUUAAACCCAAAUUGGUGACUGUUAUUAGGAGUGGCGUAAAGCCACGGAAAGCUGUGAGAAUUCUGCUGAACAAGAAGACUGCUCACUCCUUUGAACAGGUCUUGAAUGACAUCACCGAAGCCAUUAAGUUAGACUCGGGUGUAGUCAAGAGACUUUGUACACUGGAUGGAAAGCAGGUAACAUGCUUGCAGGACUUCUUUGGAGAUGACGAUGUCUUUAUUGCGUGUGGGCCAGAGAAGUACCGGUAUGCUCAGGAUGACUUCGUGCUGGAUCACAGUGAAUGUCGUGUUAUGAAGUCGUACUCCCGCUCCUCUGCCAUGAGGCACGCUGCAUCCAAAAGUCCAGGACCUUCACGUCGCAGCAAAUCCCCGGCCUCAGUAAAGAGGGGUGGCCACUCCAGUGCUCAUUCUUCAGCAAAAUCCCCAGUUAAUGGAACCCCAAGCAGUCAGUUAUCCACCCCAAAAUCUACAAAGUCCUCCAGCUCUUCACCAACAAGCCCAGGCAGCUUUCGUGGACUCAAGAUCUCCCCACAUGGUGGAUCUUCUUCCAAUGUGAAUGGUGUACCUGAAUCUCUCCGUUGCCAGAGUCCCGAAGGCUUGAAUGGGAACAAGUUCUCAGGGUCAUCUACCAUUCUUGAGAAGUAUAAAGUGGGGAAGGUGAUUGGUGAUGGCAAUUUCGCUGUUGUAAAGGAGUGUGUGGAACGAUCCACAGGAAAGGAGUUUGCCCUGAAGAUCAUAGACAAGGCCAAGUGCUGUGGGAAGGAACACCUGAUUGAAAAUGAAGUGUCUAUUCUGCGCCGAGUGAAGCACCCAAACAUCAUCAUGCUCAUAGAGGAGAUGGACACUCCCACAGAGCUCUACCUUGUGAUGGAGCUGGUCAAGGGAGGAGACCUAUUUGAUGCCAUCACUUCAUCUACAAAAUACACAGAGAGAGAUGGGAGUGCCAUGGUCUACAAUUUAGCCAGUGCUCUCAAAUACCUGCAUGGUCUCAACAUCGUGCACAGAGACAUCAAACCAGAAAAUCUUCUGGUGUGUGAAUAUUCAGAUGGAACCAAGUCUUUGAAGCUUGGAGACUUUGGACUGGCGACAGUGGUCGAAGGUCCUUUGUACACUGUCUGUGGGACACCCACCUAUGUGGCUCCAGAAAUCAUUGCAGAGACAGGGUAUGGCUUAAAGGUGGAUAUUUGGGCUGCAGGUGUGAUCACUUACAUCCUGUUAUGUGGAUUUCCACCUUUUCGCAGUGAAAACAACCUUCAGGAAGACCUCUUUGAUCAGAUACUUGUGGGGAAGCUGGAAUUUCCCUCUCCCUACUGGGAUAACAUCACUGAUUCAGCAAAGGAGUUAAUCAGCCUGAUGCUACAUGUGAAUGCUGAAGCCCGGUACACAGCAGCACAGAUCCUAAGCCAUCCCUGGGUGUCAGAUGAUGCUUCCCAGGAGAAUAAUAUGCAAGCUGAAGUAACAGGUAAACUGAAGCAGCACUUUAAUAACACCCUACCCAAGCAAAAUAACACAUCUGCUGGGGUUUCUGUCAUCAUGAACACAGCUCUAGAUAAAGAGAGUCAGAUUUUCUGCAGCAAGCGCUGUCAGGACUCUGGUAGAGCUGGAAUGGAGAAAAUUUCUGCAAUUGCUGCUGCAGCUGCUGAUCCUCGUGAGGCUGGGUCCGAGCCCCUCCUCCCUGCUGCUCCUGAGCCACUCUGGUCCCCCACGCUGCCUUCUCCUGAGCUUGCUGGGGAUCAGCCUGGUGCGUAGGACUGGGGAAAACAAAUCCAACUGAAGCUCCCCACACUCUGGCCACAGAUUUCUUCAUUUCCCAUGACUGUUUUCAGUUUGUGUGCACCUCUCAUGAAAGCCCCAGACAGGUCUCAUCUUCUCUCUCACAGGGGGAAAAUGAGCCACAUCUUGGGAACAGCAGUAGGGGAAAGACUCCAGGAAUGCUAGGUGGUUUUUUAAGUUCUCUGUGUCAAUAAUUAACUCUAUUUCACACAGCCUUGGGCUCUAGAUAGACUAACUUAUGGUGUAGCUAACCAUAUUUUUAUAUGAGCAGUGAGGUGGGGAACAGAUACCUGGCCUCACGUCCACCAGCAGGCCCUGUUCUGUUCUUCUGAUGGGAAUUUUCAGAAAAGUGGGAGAGGCAGACAAGGGAAGAAAACUUCUAUUUGCCUUCUAUUCCAAUGCCUCUAUUUUCAGUCAAGUUUCUACUAAACUUGAAGAGGCAAAUUUUCAAAGAAUUUUUUAGUGGACUAACUGUAAAAUAUCAUGAGACAAACAUUUGAAGAUAGAGAGGGAAGGAUGGUUGUUUUCCAUCAAGUUUGUUAUCUGACUUGCAGGCAGGGUAGUGUUUAGAUAAUAUGAAUUUAAAUAAAGUAACUUGGGAUGUAAA